UUUUUAUAGAGAUGAAUGCGAAAAAGAGGAAGAACAGUGAGGAAGAAUUAGAUGCAAUCAACAACUUACCAGAGCAUGUACUUUGUCACAUCUUGUCUUUCCUUUCGACAAAAGACGCAGCUUUAACAUCUGUUCUGUCCAAGAGAUGGCGGGAUUUGUUUACAUUGAUACCUAGUCUUGAUUUUGAUGACUCCACCUUUAUGCCUUGUGUAAGUCCCGAAGAAUGCCCAAGGACUACUUUCAGAGAGUUUGUGAACAGAGUUCUUGCUCUUCAAUCCAAUUCCCCCAUUACCAAAUUCUCUCUUAUAUGCCAUAAUGGUGUUGACCAAGAUCUUGCUGAGACGUGGAUACUCAAAGCUCUGAGACGUGGAGCAACAGAUCUUACCUUAGUAGUGCUCUUCCCUUCACGAAUAUAUUCACUGCCUUCUAGUAUCUUCUUCUAUUGCCAUAACUUGAUUAAGCUCAAACUAGGAUGUGGGAGACUCGGUAUCAUCCACCACAGUCUAUUUUGGGGAGACAUUAUCUUUACCAAUCUUAGAACUCUGCAUCUUGAUUCUAUUGACCUCGGUCAAAGAGAUAGGAGUUUUGCUCGGCUUCUAUCUAAAUGCCCUAUGCUUGAGGAGUUGAUCGUAAAUUGUAUAAAAUGGCACCGUUGGCGCUCUGCAUCAGUGUGUUCUCUUACCCUCAAGAGACUAACUAUUGAUGGUGAACAUUACCUCCCACCCAUGGAUAGUCACAUAUUCAAGUUCCGUCGAGAGAAGAUGGCAUCUGGAAAGUUCUACUCUAAUAAGCCUCUGGCCGUAGACUCCGACUUCGGUACUGCGAGUCCUAGCAAUGUUUCGUUUGAUACUCCAAACCUCCUCUACUUAAACUACUCAGAUUUUGUUGCGGGGAACUAUCCGCUUGUCAAAUUGGAUUCCCUUGUUGAAGCUAGGCUCGAUGUUGGAUCGAAUACAAGUCAGAUGCAUGCAAGAGAUUCAGAGGAAUAUGAAGUUCCUUGGGAUGCCACCAAUCUUAUCAUGGGGAUACAUAAUGUUCAAACCCUUCACUUAACUUCUGCUACAAUUGAGGUUUUAUUUCUUUCUUCUUUCUUAUUUUAUGGUUACUUGUUACUUACCAGCCUUUUGAUGAUCCAACAAGUUUUACUGAUGUGUUUUCAGGUGAUUGAAGACUUUUGUAAGACGGUACCGGUAUUCCACAACCUGAAUCAUUUAUCUAUUGAAAGUGACGAUGAACGAGGAUGGCAAGCAUUGCCUCUCUUGCUCAUCAACUGCCCCAAUCUACAAACUCUCGUCUUCCAUGGUCUCCACCACCGUGUCACGGAUGGAUGUGGAGAUGCUUGUGACUGCAUCUCUCCUCCUUCUCCUCCUUCUUCUUCUUGUUUAUCAUCAUGUCCUGUGAAGAUCCUGAAGAUAUUGGACUUUGGUGCAACCUGUGGAGAGAUGUCAUUAGUCGAACAUUUCCUCAAGAAGUUGCCUCGGCUUGAACAAGUGAUCAUUGUAUUACACUGUGAUUCCUUCAUAGAGGAGGAUUGUGGUCCUUCUGAAGUCUCCGAGGCACUGGAGAUGGCCCCGAGAGCUUCGCCAAACUGCAAGCUGACGGUUGUUAAUCAUUAGUUCCUAUGAAUCUCUCGGUAGCUAAUAAUACGUUGUUGUUUCUUUUUAAAUUCAUUGGAUCAUCUCAUUCAGUCUGAUAAUGUUACAUGCAUGUUUAAAUCUUUCGAUGUAGACAGCAGAUCAUAUCCAUUCUUUCCCUCAAGCCCUAGCCCUCCUUCAAACCCUAGUGAACCCUUAUAUUCGUACCUCAGUUACUUAAUCAACAAGGAAAAUGAUAUGUUAGACGAGGAAACUCUGACAGAUGGUACAACAAAGAAAACCGAUUCAGGUUUUAUUUACUUAAGCAACAAGGGAAAUCAGAGUAUGCUCUUUCACGUUUCGCUUGUCAGGUUUGUUGGAUUAUUAGUACUAGGGAUCAUUGUCAUCUGCAAGUAUUUUGCUCCAAAAUGUUCUGUACGUUCAAUAGUAUGGCUCUGCAGGGUAUGACUUAAAUAGGAGAAUCAAAACAGAGCAUUCUUCGUCUUCUUCUUCUUC